UGAAAAUAUGAAUUUUAAUUAUAUUAGAAGUUAAUAUUUCUAUUAUGGAUUCACAGUAUAAAAUUAUCCAUCCUGUGAAAUAUUUGCAAGAUCACUUGGCACAAGAUGUUCGUCCAGAUGGCAGACAAUUUUUAUCUUUUCGUCCUAUAAGUGUAAAUAUAUCAUCAAUUACUCAUGCUGAUAGCUCAGCCAUAUUCAAAAUUGGUAAUACAACAAUUGUAUGUGGUAUUAAAAGUGAAUUAGCAGUACCUAAAGCAGAAUCUCCAGAAUAUGGUUAUAUUGUGCCAAAUAUUGAACUUCCUCCAUUAUGUUCUCCUAAAUUUCGACCAGGUCCACCAAGUGAUCAGGCACAAGUUAUCACAAAAUUAAUAGAAAAUAUUUUAAGAAAUUCAGCAGCUAUUGAUUUAAAAGAACUUUGUAUUUAUAAAGGAAAACUAGUAUGGGUUUUAUAUUGUGAUCUUGUAUGUAUUAACUACGAUGGUUCAAUAAUUGAUGCUUGUAUUGGAGCAUUAACAGCUACACUUAACACUUUAACUUUACCAGAAAUAUUUUAUAAUGUAGAAACUGGACAUGUAUCAAUAAAUUCUACAAAAAGAAUAAGAUUUCCAAUUAAGGCAUUACCAGUUUCUAUAACUUUUGCAAUAUUUGAUAAUCAAUUAUUGAUAGCUGAUCCUACUGAUGAUGAAGAAAGUUUAUGUUUAGGAAAAUUGACGAUUGUAAUGAAUGAAGAAAAAAUUUGUUGCAUACAUAAACCUGGUGGAAUUCCAAUUUCACAAGAUAUAUUUUUAAAAAGCUUAAUUAAAUCUAGAAAAAGAGCAGAAUUGGUAAGAUCAUUAAUUGAUUCUGCUAUAUCAACAAUGAAACAAGAAGUUUUAAAUGGAAACUUGUAAAAAAUUUUGAAAUAUAAUAAAAUAUUUUAUUAUAUUAUUUAUUAUAUUAUUAUGUUUCUUAACAAAAUUAAACAUUUUUUUCAAUAUUUCCACA